UGAGGUCCGACUGCUGAAUCCCUCUAGCAGAGUUUAUGCAUCGCUCUCGCAGACCAGACACCAAGUGCAGCAGUCCCGUCCGAACACCUCAAUGUCCUUGGACACUGUCGCUCCAUCCGCCUCGGCAGCGCUCUGACCAGUCCGGUCUCCCAGUGACUUAUCCCGGGAACAAAUAUUGCGGCAGCCCCAUCUACGCAGUGUGAAACUCAUGGGGAAGCUCCAAGGAUAACAGGGUGCGGGAGAUCGCCACUGCAGAGAACCUGCCGGUAGUUCGCAGCCCCCGCAGCAGCAGCAGCAGCGGGGGGAGGAGAAGGAGAAAGAGGAGGGUUGCGCUGGUGUCAGAGGUUUCAGCGUCGCAUCCACUAUUCUGAUCACUUCAUAUCACCUUGAAUGGAUACAUCAUGGCUACGCUUACAUGCAGGGUGCAGUUCUUAGAUGACACCGACCCUUUCAACAGCACCAAUUUCCCAGAGCCCACCAGACCGCCUCUGUACACCUUUAGGGAAGAUAUUCCUCUGAUCAAUCAGAUAGCUGGAGUCCACAGGCUGCUGAAAGCACCACACAAGCCGGAUGACUGCGCCCUCCAGCUGUCCCAUAAUGGAAGCUAUUUGGAUUUGGAGUCUACCCUGGCAGAGCAGAAGGAUGAACUGGAGGGAUUUCAGGAGGAUGGAGGGAGGGGCAAGAAACACAGCAUCAUUCUUCGUUCGCAGCUUUCAGUCAGAGUUCACGCCUGCAUUGAAAAACUCUAUAACUCCAUAGGACGGGAGCUGCGGAGGGCACUUUUUUCGCUGAAGCAGAUUUUUCAGGAUGACAAAGAUUUGGUUCACGAAUUUGUGGUAGCUGAAGGACUGACGUGUUUGAUCAAAGUGGGCGCUGAAGCGGACCAGAACUACCAGAAUUACAUCCUCAGGGCUUUAGGCCAGAUAAUGCUGUACGUGGAUGGGAUGAACGGCCUCAUAUCUCACAAUGAAACAGUCCAGUGGCUUUACACCUUGGUUGGAUCAAAGUUUCGUCUGGUGGUGAAGACGUCCCUCAAGUUGCUGCUGGUGUUUGUGGAGUACACAGAAAGCAAUGCUGCCCUACUAAUAAAGGCUGUGAACACUGUGGAUACCAAAGGAGGUAAAAAACUUUGGUCAAAUGUCAUGGAAAUCCUGGAGGAGAAGGAUGGAGUGGAUACGGAGCUGCUGGUGUUUGCCAUGACGCUCAUUAAUAAGACUCUGGCAGCCCUUCCGGAUCAGGACUCCUACUACGACAUGGUGGACUGUCUUGAGGAACAAGGUAUUGAAGCGACGGCCCGGAGACACCUGGGCAGGAAGGGCACUGACCUUGAUCUUGUUGAACAGUUCAACAUCUAUGAGACGAUUCUUCGCCACGAGGACGGGGACGACGAAGCCCAGCUGCCUCCGUGUGGCAGGAAGGACCGCCGCAGAGCUAGCGUCGGUGGUACCAAUGAGAGACGGGGCCUGGAGAGAAGACGGAGCCGGAGACAUUCGCUGCAGAAUAACAAAGACCAUUCUUCCAGCUCGGCGUCUCCAAGCAACUCUUACUCCCAUUCCAGUAGUUUCCUUCCCUUUGGUGGCCACCGAGUUGAGGACAUCAGCGAAAGAGAAGAGGAAGAGGAAGAAGAGGAGGAUGAGGAUGAGGAGGCCGAGGCAGAUGAUGAAAGCCAACCAGACACUGAACCCUCUAGACAGGGCUCUCACAGUGUGGCUCCAGAGGUAGCAGACACUCCUAACAUGUGUUUGAACUUAAAGUGUAUGACCAACCUCCUCGUUAAAGCCAGUGACCCUGAAGGGCAGAGAGACUUUCUCAGCAUCAAGACCAGGACAGCCUCUCCUGUGUCCGUUGCACCUAAAAAGAGGACCUUUAGUCCUUGUCUGACAGAUACUCCACCUUCUACAACUUACUCAGCUAGAAAGCCCUGCUGGGCUGAGAGAAAAAGUUGCAUCAGUAGACAUCCAACUCCAACAUCGCCCAUCCAUCAACUCAGUAACUCAACGCCCUCCGCACCUGACUCCAAGUCCGACAGGACUGCUAUCGGGAGCUUGCUGACAUCUUCAUACAGGCAACAUCAAGAAUCUCUGGCUGCAGAGAGAGAGAAGAGACGUCUGGAAAGAGAGGAGCGUCUGCAGAGGAUCGAAAGAGAAGAGAGAAAUCGAUUCAAUCGUGAUCAUGUGGAAAAGAGGGAAGAAGCGAAACAAGUCAGAGAGGAAAGGUACAAAGCAGUGGAGAGGCUGGCUGCUGAGGAGUUCGAUCGGGAGCGCCCUCGAGUGCCGACAAGAGGACGAACAGAAAUCACGCUGUGUCUGAGUCCAACUCCGACCAACCGCUCAGUCUCCCGCUGCUCCACAGCAUCACCCUCCAUCUCACAGGAAAAGACAGUCAUGGCUGCAGAGCAGAUGUCGGGAACAGAAAACAUAUCAAGUCCAAACCUCACCCCACAGAUUAGAACCAAGAGUCCAGCACCUGAACCACCAGCAUCAGACUCGGCCCAAACAGCAAAUAGCAAAACUGAGACAAAGACGUGUGCGGAUGCAGGGAUUUUUGCUACGACGCAGAGUGGCAAGAAUGGCGCAGCGCAGCUUGAUGAGAGAGAGAAGUCGGGGAAAGAGAAUGAAGAGAAACAAGAGCAGGAGAUUCUCACAGGACAGGAGCGGAUUGUUGGCGAGGUUGGAGCUGAGGAGGCAGAGGUGGCAGAUGGACCAGAGGUUGGAGAGCAGGAUGUUGGUGUGGAGGUGGAGUUAGAGGAGAAAUUACAGCCUGCAGAUGGAGAGGUGGAGGACAGCGUGAUGCUGAGCGAGAAAGAGAGACAGAACGAGGAAGUGAAUGAAAAAGACAACUGCUCUGCAUCCAGCAUCUCUUCCACAAGCAGCACUCUGGAGAGGGAGGAGCGAGAGCAGAAGCUAACUAAAGACACGGACUCAGGCCAAUGGACUCACUGUUUAAAGGACGCGGAUGUGAAUGACCAAUGCAAGAAGAUUCUCAACAACAAGCGCUUCAUGCUGGACAUGCUCUACGCCCAGAAGGCCGUCUCAGAGGAUGACAGGGACGGCGGAGAGUCAGAGAAGGAACGAUGUGAACGUGAAAAGGAAACGGAUGAGAGUGACUCUGUGGCCAGUUUGGCCAGCCGGAUCUCCACACUGGAGGCGAAUAGGCAGGCGAGAGAGGACUGCGUAAAAAAAUUAGAGGUGGGCAACCUGGACAACCACGGCAACGUCAGGGCGGUGGCGGAGAGAUUUGGGGACUUAGUCAAGGGUCUGACGUGUGCGCUGGAGAUGGAGGCUCCCAAAGAGCAACAGCAGGCUGACAAAUCGUCCGGCUCAGCCCCGAAGAAAGAGUCGGAUCACAUCUGGGAUCAGCUGAUGGCGUCCCCCAGGGAGCUGCGCAUCAAGGAAAUGGACUUCACAGAUCUCAGAGACGAGGAUGACAUGGACAUUUUGGAUUUGGAGGGCGUGGUCAACUCACCUUCUCCGCCGUGCAGUUCUGCACUCCCACCACCUCCACCUUUGUUCGGAUGUCCCCCGCCUCCUCCCAUCCCGGGAAGGAUGAUGCCUCCACCACCUCCGUUUAUGGCUCCCAUACCACCGCCCUCUCCUCAGCUGGGUCGAGGGGACGCCCCUCUCUUCCAGAAGAAGAAGAAGACCAUCCGUCUCUUCUGGAACGAGGUGCGUCCUGUGGACUGGCAGCGCAAGAAUCACAAGUUCUGCAAGGAGUCCCUGUGGUCCAAACUGGAGCCGGUUAAACUGGACACGUCUAAACUGGAGCAGCUGUUUGAGACCAAAUCCAAGGAGUUGUCAGUGACAAAGAAAGCAUCGGUUGAAGGCAAACGACAGGAAAUCAUUGUCCUGGACUCGAAGCGCAGCAACGCCAUAAAUAUCGGGUUGACUGUCUUGCCCCCUCCACGCACAAUCAAGACAGCUAUUCUCAAUUUUGAUGAGUAUGCACUAAACAAGGAAGGCAUUGAGAAAAUCCUCACGAUGAUCCCCACAGAGGAGGAGAAGCAGAGGAUCCAGGAGGCUCAGCUGAUGAACCCUGACGUUCCUCUGGGCAGCGCCGAGCAGUUCCUGCUCACCCUCUCCUCCAUCACGGAGCUGUCAGCACGCCUGCAGCUGUGGGCCUUCAAGAUGGACUACGAGCUUAUUGAGAAGGAAGUGGCAGAGCCAUUGCAGGACCUAAAGGAAGGAAUGGACCAACUUGAGAAAAACAAGACCCUCAGAUACAUCCUCACCACCCUGCUGGCCAUUGGGAACUUCCUCAAUGGCUCAAACGCCAAAGGCUUUGAGCUGAGUUAUUUGGAAAAAGUCCCGGAGGUGAAGGACACGGUUCAUAAGCAGUCCCUGUUACACCACGCCUGCGCCAUUGUGGUGGAAAAGUUUCCAGACAGCACCGACCUCUACUCUGAAAUAGGAGCCAUCACCCGCUUGACCAAGGUGGAUUUUGACCAGCUUCAAGACAAUUUGGCCCAGAUGGAGCGCAGGUGCAAAGCAUCAUGGGAUCACCUAAAAGUCAUCGCUAAACAUGAAAUGAAACCAGCUUUGAAGCAGAAAAUGUCAGACUUCCUUAAAGACUGCGCAGAGAGAAUUAUAAUUCUGAAAAUAGUGCAUCGCAGAAUAAUCAACAGGUUCCACGCUUUUCUGUUGUUCCUGGGGCAUCCUAUCUACGCCGUACGAGAGGUUAGCAUACAUCGCUUCAGCAAGAUCCUGAGUGAGUUCGCCCUGGAGUACCGCACAACGAGAGAGCGCGUGCUGCAACAGAAACAGAAGAGGGCCAACCACAGGGAAAGAAACAAGACCAGGGGGAAAAUGAUAACAGACAGCGGUAAAUUUGGAGGGGCCUCCUCAGACGCACAGGAGAGUCAGUCUCGGGGUAUCCAGGGUGCUGACGACGCAGCGGAACAUGAAAACAUGAAGGCCAUGUUGAAAACUGGUCUGACGGAUGCAGAGAGCAGCACAUCCACAGUGCCCGGCCUAAGGAAUCGUACCAGAGGAGGCAGCCUCAGAGGACGUCUUGCUCCGUGGUGUUCUGCCAGCGAUGACCCUGUGAACUGCACGGACGACACAGCCGACGAGAUCAUGGAGAGGAUCGUUCGAUCCGCCACUCAGGGGCCCGGCCCGAGAACGCUACCUCGCGAAAGGAGACGAUCCCGACUUAACAGGAAAUCAUUAAGGAGGACGCUGAAGGGCGGCUUGACGACAGAAGAGGCAAAUGCUCUCGGCUUGUCUGGUGGCUCGGAGCUGCAGGUGUGAGGAAGACCACAAUCGCGCUGGACAUUAAGACGACUGUCGGCCCUUUCACUGCCCCCCUAACUUCUGAUCCAGACUGGAAACCUCCGCCCCCCUCCCCGUCCCCACCUCUCUAAUUUGGCACUCAACCCACAGCGAGCUGGGAUGAGCUGUUUGGUUUACGCACUGUGAUACAAGCGAGAGGGGAAAACCGCUGCGAACAAUCUUAAUCUUAAACCUGUGGGCAGGAAAAACGGCUUUGCAUUCAAACCACUAAGCUUGGCUUUUGCUGGAUGAUCACAGAACGGCUGCUUUCGCAAGGCUUUGUCACGGUCAUCCUUCAAACGCGACUCGCGUCCGAGUGCCCACAGAGGUUUUUUUCUUUGUUUUGCGUGCGCCUAAGGCUGUCAGUGCACGAGCUCCAAUCCCUGCAGCCUUCCCUGGAUCCAAAGGGUUGAAUGUGGCAGCAGAACCGGAACCCUUAAAAUGACCUUUUUUGCCGGGGGGUUGAACAACGUAUAGCUGAGCUAAAUGACAUUUCAUCUAUUGAAUAGAUGGCUUAGUGAAGAUGGUUAUUUUGUUGUUUACUACUGGGGUAAUUUUGUGUUUCAUUUUGGUCCGAAAAGGUGCUUAAAAAAAAAAAAAAGGAACAUUUGCACUGGAUGUAAACGUUGGCUAUCGUUGGAAUGUGAGAUGCUUGACACUGAUGAAACACUCUGACAUCUUGACUCUGACAAUAUGCUCGUCAAUGUGCCAGCUAUUCAGCGGCACAGUUUUUAACCUGACUGAAGUGGACAGAUUCAAGGCAGAGGCGCAUUAGUUUACAGGUGAAGAAGGAAUUUAUUAGUGUAGGUAUUUUUUUUUUUUUUUUUUUUUUUU